CUCUUUCGCUCUUCAAUUAAGUUCUAAGGAAGUUAGAGUGAAAUAGCAUUAUCGUACGAUGGAUCGUAUGAUGUAUGGAGCCUGUUUAUACAAAACGAUUUACAUGUAAUCACGAUUUUUGACAUUUUAAUCAUAUUCUUAAAAUAAUUGAAAAAUAUUAUUAUUUUUUUAUUAUAAACAAUAACUUGAAAUUAAAACAACACAAAAGUUGUUUAAAUAAUUCAUUCAAGAAGUUUAAAUUCGUUACCAAUUGUACUUCAGCUACCAAGAUGACGUAUGCUGUAAAUAGCCUUAAAUCAUUCAUAUCUUUCGUUAUCGGUCCGAAUCGUUCUAUGGGUUAGAUUCCAAAAAAUAUAAGUAACAUGAUCUAUGUACGUGAUUUAGAUUUUAUAGUUAAAUUAUUUUAAAUUUUUAAUCGCAAUAAAAUAUAAUUAAUAAAUAUAUAAUAAAUUAAUAACCAUAAUUUCCUUGUUUAUAAACCACAAGCGACUAUACAUAUUGCUAUUCCCCUUUUAAUCUUAAAAGAAAGUUUAAGUUAUUUUAACUUUUAUUUAAUGCUUGAAUAUUAAAAUUCAUAAAUAUAGUAAAAAUACAAGUCAAUAUAACAUUUUUGAAGCACGUUCAUUGUGAAUACCUGCUAAUUCAAUGUUUUUAUCGUGUUUAUUUUUAAUUCAAAUCAUAAGUUAUUAUCUAAUCUAAGGCCUAGAACUAAAUAAAGUAAACGAUUUGAUGACAAAUCAGAUGUAAUCAUGAAAAAAAUCAAAUAAGCAUUUGUGAAAAUAGAUAGCAAUUUAUCACAUAUCGAUAGGUCAAUUGUACCGUUACGACUACGAUUCGGACCGAGGCAUUGGGCAAAAUAGUUUACGUCAGUUGAAACGUCAAAUUCUUGCUCUCUAUAAAAAAUAUGAAUUGAAAUGAAAACAAAAUAGUCCAGGAUUACUAAUUUUACUAUAUAAUAAAAACGUGAAAAUUAUUUCUUUAAAUGAGGAAUGAGUUUUUAGUUUUUUAAUAGUGGUAAUAAAAUGUAUCCUGCAAUGAGCGGCUUAUAUUCCGAAGGUCCUUACAGGCCUUCUAUGUCCCAAGGAACGGUGAUCCACAGUCAACGUUUCCAAGAGAAGGACUUCACCAUCGCCACACCUGAAGAGUUUGUGAGGAGAUUUCAGGGUACCAAGCCUAUUAAUAAGGUUCUAAUCGCUAAUAACGGUAUCGGUGCUGUGAAAUGUAUGCGCUCAAUUCGAAGAUGGUCCUACGAAAUGUUCAAGAACGAGAGGGCAGUCCGUUUCGUGGUUAUGGUGACUCCAGAAGACCUGAAGGCGAACGCGGAGUAUAUCAAAAUGGCUGACCACUACGUGCCGGUGCCGGGCGGGUCCAAUAACAAUAACUAUGCAAACGUAGAGCUUAUCGUAGACAUCGCUAUCAGAACACAAGUUCAGGCUGUGUGGGCAGGAUGGGGUCACGCGUCAGAAAAUCCAAAACUGCCGGAACUGUUACACCGCGCUGGGGUCGUAUUCAUAGGCCCGCCUGAGAAAGCUAUGUGGGCACUCGGAGAUAAAAUAGCUUCGUCUAUAGUGGCGCAGACUGCUGAUAUACCUACCUUGCCCUGGAGCGGGAGUGACCUGACGGCUGAGUACAACAGUAAGAAAAUCAAAAUAUCUUCAGAGCUGUUCGCUAAAGGGUGCGUCUCAACUCCCGAACAAGGAUUACAGGCUGCUCAAAAAAUCGGUUUCCCCGUGAUGAUCAAGGCUUCCGAAGGCGGUGGUGGAAAAGGAAUCAGGAAAGUCGAAAACCCUGAUGACUUUGCCAACAUGUUUCGACAGGUACAAGCAGAGGUGCCAGGUUCACCGAUAUUCGUCAUGAAGUUGGCAAAGUCGGCUCGUCAUUUAGAAGUACAGCUGUUGGCCGAUCAGUAUGGUAAUGCUAUCUCUCUCUUCGGUCGCGACUGUUCUAUUCAGCGACGUCAUCAGAAAAUCAUUGAAGAAGCGCCCGCCGCCAUCGCCAAACCUGAUGUGUUUAUAGAAAUGGAAAAGGCUGCAGUUCGUUUAGCCAAAAUGGUGGGUUACGUGAGUGCGGGCACCGUGGAAUACUUAUACGACCCCGCCACCGGGUCUUACUUCUUCCUGGAGCUGAACCCGCGGCUGCAGGUGGAGCAUCCCUGCACGGAGAUGGUGGCCGAUGUCAACCUGCCCGCCGCUCAACUACAGAUCGCCAUGGGGCUUCCCUUGUACCAUAUAAAGGACAUCCGUCUCUUGUACGGUGAAUCCCCGUGGGGCAUGACCGCCAUAGAUCUGGACACGCCUAAACAACGCCCGUCACCCUGGGGACACGUCAUCGCAGCCAGGAUCACAUCCGAGAACCCAGAUGAAGGAUUCAAGCCGUCGUCUGGUACUGUGCAAGAGCUGAACUUCAGAUCGUCCAAGAAUGUGUGGGGAUACUUCAGUGUAGCCGCCUCUGGUGGACUUCACGAGUUUGCCGACUCGCAGUUCGGACAUUGCUUCUCAUGGGGUGAAACCAGGGAGCAAGCUAGAGAAAAUUUGGUGAUAGCAUUAAAGGAGCUCAGUAUAAGAGGGGACUUCAGAACGACAGUGGAAUAUCUGAUCACUCUGUUGGAGACCACAGCCUUCCAAGAAAAUAACAUUGACACCAGCUGGUUGGACGCCCUCAUAGCUGAGAGAGUCCAAUCGGAGAAGCCUGAUAUCAUGCUGGGCGUGCUCUGCGGUUCUAUUCUUAUCGCAGACAGCAUCAUCACAGCCCAUUUCCAAGAGUUCAAGAGUGCUUUAGAAAAGGGUCAAAUCCAAGGCUGCGGCCAGUUGUCCAACUGCGUGGACGUGGAGCUGAUCCACAGCGGCCACAAGUACAAGGUGCAGGCCACCAAGUCGGGGCCCACGUCAUACUUCCUCAGCAUGAACGGCAGCUUCAAAGAGUUGGAGGUUCACAAACUCACAGACGGAGGUACUCUGCUGUCUGUAGAUGGUGAUUCGUAUACUACAUAUUUGAAGGAGGAAGUUGACAAGUAUCGUAUAGUGAUCGGCAAUCAAACCGUCGUGUUUGAGAAGGAGAAGGAUCCAUCUAAACUGAGGGCGCCAUCUGCCGGUAAACUUAUCAACACUCUGGUGGAGGAUGGAGGUCACGUCGAUAAGGGACAACCCUAUGCUGAAAUUGAGGUGAUGAAAAUGGUGAUGACACUAUCCGCUCCAGAGUCUGGUAAAGUGACGUGGAACUUGAGGCCCGGAGCUGUACUCGACGUGGGAUCACUGAUGGGCACACUUGAAUUGGAUGACCCCUCGCUGGUAACGACCGCGCAGCCGUACAAGGGUCAGUUCCCGAUGGAGGACGUGCAGACUGUAUCCGAGAAACUGAACCACGCCCACAACAAGUACAGAGCUAUAUUGGAGAACACUCUGGCUGGUUACUGUUUGCCGGAGCCCUACAACACUCCUCGUCUACGUGAAGUGGUUGAGAAAUUCAUGCAAAGUCUUCGUGACCCUUCACUGCCGUUAUUGGAACUGCAAGAGGUUUUGUCAUCUACCUCCGGCCGUAUACCGAUAGCUGUGGAGAAGAAAGUAAGGAAACUGAUGGCUUUAUACGAGAGGAACAUCACCUCCGUGCUCGCGCAGUUCCCGAGCCAACAGAUCGCCAGCGUCAUAGACCAUCACGCAGCAUCCCUCGCCAAGAGAGCCGACAGAGACGUCUUCUUCAUGAGCACACAAGCCUUAGUUGUUCUAGUACAACGAUAUAGAAACGGUAUUCGCGGUCGUAUGAAGGCGGCCGUUCACGAUUUACUGAAGCAAUACUAUCAGGUUGAGAGUCACUUUCAACUAGGUUCUUACGACAAAUGUGUGGUGGCACUCCGCGAUCAAUACAAAGACGACAUGCAAGCUGUAGCCAACAUGAUAUUCUCACACAACCAAGUUCCAAAGAAAAACCUAUUGGUGACGUUGCUGAUAGACCACCUGUGGUCCAACGAGCCGGGCCUCACGGACGAGCUGGCCGCCACGCUCAACGAGCUCACCUCGCUGCAUAGGGCAGAACACAGCAGAGUGGCCCUUAGAGCGAGACAGGUGUUAAUAGCAGCUCACCAGCCCGCUUACGAGUUACGUCACAAUCAAAUGGAAUCAAUAUUCCUGUCCGCCGUGGACAUGUACGGACACGACUUCCACCCGGAGAAUCUGCAGAAGUUAAUCCUGUCUGAAACAUCGAUAUUCGAUAUUUUGCACGAUUUCUUCUACCACACUAACGCAGCGGUGUGUAACGCAGCUUUGGAGGUGUAUGUCCGUCGCGCGUACACAUCGUACGAGAUACAAUGUUUGCAACACCUGGCGUUGUCUGGUGAACUGGGCGUGGUACAUUUCCAAUUCGUACUGCCCACUGGACAUCCAAACAGGAUCCCGAUCAGCCAAUCGGAGAUCGAGCUGUCGGCGGCGCAGGACGCGCAGGGCGUGCCCGCGGAGCUGUGCGCGGCCGCCAUGCGCAAGUGCCACCACCGCACGGGCGCGCUCGCCGCGUUCCACUCGUUCGACCAGUUCGUGCAGUACGCGGACGAGCUGCUCGACCUCAUGGACGACUUCUCCAGCACGGCCACGGUCCGCAGGGAGGACCUUCAAUCCCUACAAGAUGGAAGCGAAAGUCGCGACAGUACAAGUAUAAACGUCGGUAUGGACUACAGCAAGAUACCGGAUUCGGAAGAUUUGCCUUUGGAGCCGAUCCACAUCCUGAUGAUCGGCGUGCGCGACACCGGCGAGAGCGACGACAGCGCGGUGGCGCGACGCUUCGGCAACUUCUGCCGCGCCCACCGGCACGAGUUGCACCAGAAACGUAUCAGGAGGAUCACAUUCAUGUCACUCAUCAAACGUCAGUUCCCGAAGUUCUUCACGUACCGCGCGCGCAACGAGUUCACGGAGGACACGAUCUACCGCCACCUGGAGCCGGCGUCCGCGUUCCAGCUGGAGCUGUACCGCAUGCGCAGCUACCAGCUGGAGGCGCUGCCCACCAGCAACCAGAAGAUGCAUCUGUAUCUCGGCAAGGCCAAGGUAAAGAAAGGUCAAGAGGUGACCGACUACAGAUUCUUCAUUCGUUCCAUCAUCAGGCACCAGGACCUCAUCACCAAGGAGGCUAGCUUCGAAUAUCUGCAAAACGAAGGCGAAAGGGUGCUUCUAGAGGCUAUGGACGAAUUGGAGGUGGCUUUCUCUCACCCUCUCGCUAAGAGGACUGACUGCAACCACAUUUUCUUGAACUUCGGACCCACCGUAAUCAUGGAUCCAGUAAAGAUCGAGGAGUCAGUUCUUGGCAUGGUCAGGAGAUAUGGUCCCAGAUUGUGGAAACUCAGGGUUUUACAGGCGGAGAUCAGAUUCACUCUCCGAACUGGACCAGGAGCCCCCACAAAAAAUGUGAGGUUGUGUUUAUCCAACGGCUCAGGAUACUCCCUGGAUAUAUACACGUAUGAGGAGGUCUCCGACCCCAGGACGGGAGUGAUAAUGUUCCAAUCGUAUGGACCCAGACAGGGCCCUAUGCACGGCCUUCCUAUAUCCACGCCGUACGUCACCAAGGACUAUUUGCAGCAAAAGAGAUUUUUGGCGACGUCACAGGGCACGACUUACGUAUACGACAUACCAGACAUGUUCAGACAAGUCACAGAGAAGAGAUGGAAGGAAUGCAUCGAGGAAGGGACCGUAGACGGUCCGGUGCCGGACACGGUGAUGACGAGCGUAGAGCUGGUGGUGGAGCCGGACGGGGAGCGGCACGUGGUGGAGGUCACCCGCCUGCCCGGACAGAACACGGUGGGUAUGGUGGCGUGGCGUCUAACCCUUUUCACGCCCGAGUGUCCCGAAGGACGGGACAUUAUCCUGAUAGCCAACGACCUCACACACUACAUGGGGUCGUUUGGACCGCAGGAAGACUGGCUGUUCUACAAGGCCUCACAGUACGCCAGGGAGCUUAAGAUACCCAGAUUGUACAUAAGUGUCAACUCCGGUGCCCGUAUCGGUGUAGCGGAGGAAGUGAAAUCUGAAUUCAAUGUCGCGUGGGUGGACGCAGAACGACCGGACAGAGGGUUCAAGUACUUGUACCUGACACCCGAAGCUUUCUCCAAGCUGGGACCACUGGGCUCAGUCAAGACUCAGCUCAUUGAAGACGAGGGAGAGUCCCGGUACAAGAUCACAGACAUCAUAGGUAAAGAGGACGGCCUCGGUGUGGAGUGCCUCCGCGACGCGGGCCUGAUAGCGGGCGAGACCGCGCAGGCGUACGAGGAGGUGGUCACCAUCUCAAUAGUCACCUGCCGGGCGAUCGGCAUCGGCUCAUACGUCGUCAGACUGGGCCACCGCGUGAUCCAGGUGGAGUCGUCGUACAUAAUCCUGACCGGGUACGCGGCGCUGAACAAGGUGCUGGGCCGCGCGGUGUACGCGAGCAACAACCAGCUGGGCGGCGUGUCCAUCAUGCACAACAACGGCGUCGCGCACGCCACCGCCGCCACCGACCUGGACGCCGUCGCCGCCGCCGCCAGGUGGCUCGCCUUCGUGCCCAAGGAUAAAAUGAGCAUGGUGCCCAUAAUGCGUUGCUCGGACCCCGUGGACAGACGCGUCGAGUGGGUGCCGCCGCGCACCGCCCACGACCCCCGCCUCAUGCUCACGGGGGACGGGGCCAGGGGAGGGUUCUUCGACCGCGGCUCCUUCGACGAGAUCAUGCAGCCCUGGGCACAGACCGUCAUCACAGGUCGCGCUAGACUAGGCGGUAUUCCCGUAGGCGUGGUAGCGGUAGAAACUAGGACAGUGGAGAUCACACUACCCGCUGAUCCAGCCAACUUGGAUUCGGAGGCUAAAACCAUACAGCAAGCUGGACAGGUGUGGUUCCCAGAUUCCGCUUACAAAACAUCACAGGCCAUCAAUGACUUCUCACGCGAGGGACUACCCAUUAUUAUUUUCGCCAACUGGAGAGGAUUCAGCGGUGGACAGAAAGACAUGUACGAGCAGAUCCUGAAGUUCGGCGCGGAGAUAGUGCGCGCACUGCGCGGCGCGACGGCGCCGGUGAUAGUGUACAUCCCCCCGGGCGCGGAGCUGCGCGGCGGCGCGUGGGCGGUCGUCGACCCCUCCGUCAACUCGCUGCGCAUGGAGAUGUACGCCGACCCGGAGGCCAGGGGUGGUGUACUAGAAGCGGAAGGUAUAGUUGAGGUGAAAUACAAGCAGCGCGACAUACUGAAGACUAUGCACAGAAUGGACCCCGAGCUUUUGAGGCUAAGCGCCAGGAUAACAGAACUCAAAGAUCAAAUCAAAGAAAUAUCAAAGAAUCUCGACCGGCGUGGCUCAAUAGACGAGGUGCUCAUCAAAACAGACGCCGGGCGACAAGCUGAAAGCAAAGUUCGCGAACUAGAAACAGAAUUGUUGGCCGCCGAGAAAACCGUUAAAUCCCGAGAGAAAGAAUUGAGUCCUAUCUACCACGAAAUAGCGGUGCAAUUCGCCGAGCUACACGACACUGCUGAGAGAAUGUUAGAGAAAGGCUGUAUAUUCGACAUAAUCCCGUGGCGGGAUUCCCGUCGGCUGAUCUACUGGCGCAUCCGUCGGCUGCUGCGCCAGAACUGGCAGGAGCGGCGCGUGCAGCGCGCGGGCGCCGACAUCGACCAGGGCGCCGCCGCCGCCACGCUGCGCCGGUGGUUCACCGAGGACCGGGGCGAGUCGCACUCGCACCAAUGGGAACACGACAACGAGGCCGUGUGCAAAUGGCUAGAAGAGCAAGCGGACGAUGAGAAUUCAGUCCUAGAAAGAAACCUAAGGGCGAUCAAACAGGACACCAUACUGCAUACGGUCAACUCCCUUGUAUUGGAACUGACGCCAUCCCAACGUGCUGAAUUCAUUAGGAAAAUAUCUUCAUUGGAAAUGGAGCAAUGAUUUUAAAUAAUAAUAUUAGAUAACACAUGUUAUAUAGUAAGGUUGCCAUGCUUAAAAUAGAUAUUUAUAAGAUUCUAUCUGUAGCAACAUUUGCUACUAGAAACUAAUUUGACAAAUUAAACUUAGUCCAUUGUUUAUUAGUUCAAUGUGAAUUGAAUCUUAUUCCUCAUGAAAUGAGGUCUUAGUUCUGUAAUUGAAUUCACUGAUUUGUCUACGACUGUAGAUAUCUCAGUUUCGUUGUUAAAACUAUUUAUUUAAAAGAUGAUUAUAGUCAGUUGUCUUUUUGAAAUUGAACAAAUUUAAUUUAAUAUGUAUAGUAGGAAUAAUUAACAAUUCAAAAGUUUGUAACAAACUACCGUCAGCGGCAAUUAUAAUCAUUCUGAAUUUCUCACAUUGAAAAUAAGAUAUAUUUGUGUCACUAUAUACUUCAAUUAGUGACAAUCAACUAGUCUGUGUAUAUAACAAAAGUGUUCUAUAUCAA